CAAGCUCUUCCAUCCUUUUUCACAAAUCACAAAGAAGAAAUGGCUUCCCACACUCGCUCUAACAGCUUCCCCUCCAGGCCACACCCUAUCAUUGAAGAAGCUAGUGAACAAUUGUGUAGAUUGAGGUCUUCUGCAGUCACCUCAAUAUCUUCAUCAUCAAUAAGCCACAAACUAAGUGGUCUAGAAAACUUGCAUGAUUGUGUUGAAAGGCUGCUUCAGUUGCCCCUCAAUCAACAAGCUUUAGCACAAGAGAAAUAUCAGAAAUGCACUAAUGAGCUAUUGGAUGGUUCUCUCAGACUCUUGGAUGUUUGUAGCAUUGCCAAGGAAGCCCUGCAGCAAACGAAGGAAUGCUUACAGGAUCUUCAAUCGAUCAUAAGAAGACGAGGAUGCGAAUCUGGAGUACUUACAAGUGAGGUUAGGAGAUACUUGGCCUCCAGGAAGAUGGUGAAAAAGACAAUCCAAAAGGCUGUGGUCAAUACCAGAUCCUCUUUCUCUUCACUCAACAAGGAGACGGAAUCUAUUUCCAUUGUUAACAUGUUAAGAAAUGUAGAAGCAAUUACUCUUACAGUGUUUGAAUCACUGUUGUCCUUCAUCUUGGGGCCAAAGGCAUCAAGCAGCUGGUCAUUGGUAUCAAAGAUGAUGCAGUCAAAAAGAGUAGCUUGUAAGGAAGAAGCAGAAAUAAAUGAAUUCGCAGAGGUGGAUGCUGCAUUGAAGUCACUCAAGAGUGCAGACAGUGUACAGAACCAGCUUAACAAUCUGGAGUCAUGCAUCCAAGAUCAAGAAGAAGGACUCGAGAGCCUAUUUAGGCAAUUGAUCAAAACUAGAGUCUCCCUUCUCAACAUCCUCAACCACUAGAUAAAAGGAUUUAGAUUGAUUUUGUACAUGAAGAACACACAUAUAUAAAUCUUCCAAAAUCAAAUUGAUAUACUCUUUUCUACUUGAAUAGCCACUACUUGUUCAUCUUAGUUCAAAAGCAUUAAUUUCUGAAUCCCCUUGCAUACUGAUC